CAGUUUCAGUUUGUGCUACAAACGCGUUUUGAACGGUACCAAGUGGCAUGCAACGCGCUAAAGCAAGCAGCGUAUAUUUGAUAAACUCGUCUAAAGCGCAGCAAACCAAACAAACCAUAAGAAAUAUAUAAAUAAAUAUUUAAAAGUGCGAACAACUUAAAGUGCGAAAUAAAAAUAAAAUAUAAACUUUGCAGCAAGUGAGUGCAACUGACAAGACUGAAGGUGUGCUGCAGCCGAAGUCAACAGCAUAGCCGAAGUUAGAACGAGCGUGCGCCGCCUUCGUGUUUACGCCUUCGCUUCCAACUGUUUAUUUAACACAGUUACUCGUGCUGCGGAGCUUCAGUUCGUAACUUCAACUCGUGCCGUACACACACAGACACAGUCACACACACACACGCACACAAGCGCACGCAUACACGCGCGUCAAGUUUCGCGUAGUCUCGUUUACUUUGCUUUGAACUUCUCUCGCUAUCGCGUGUGUUGUAAACAGUUUUUGUGGCAAAUUGGCUCAAAUGUUAAGCAAGUUGCUCAAUACGCAACAUUUUUGUUUGCCAACGUUAUAAAUUAAACGCUCAAAUAUAUAAAAUAUAUAAAGUUGGGAACGCUAGACAGUUCGAGUGUUUGCUGCUGCUUUUCGAUUGCAACUGUUUUGUGUCCGUGAAACGGCAGCAUGUGGCACACUGUGUGCGGCAGCAUUUGGCUGCUUAUGCUGUGCGCCUCAAUAAUUUAUGUGGAUUAUGCUGGGGCGGAUUAUGAGAACACUUGGAAUUUAUAUUACGAGCCACCUUGUUGCACGGGCGCAUCAGCUGCUGCCCAUCACCUGCGCCAUCACAAAGAACAUGUCAAGGACUUUAGCUGCGGACCGCUGCACUACAAGACUUUCUAUGUGGAUGAGCGCAACAAUGCGCUAUAUGUGGGCGCCAUGGAUCGCAUAUUUCGCUUGAAUCUGCGCAACAUCAGUCAAUCCAUUUGUGAGCGCGAUGUUUUAAUACUGGAACCCACUGGCUCUGAUAUACUCAACUGUGUGUCCAAGGGCAAGCGAGAGAAGGUGGAGUGCCGCAAUCACAUACGCGUCAUACAGCCGAUGAACUUUAAUGGGCAUAAGCUUUACGUUUGCGGCACGAAUGCGCACAACCCCAAGGAUUAUGUUAUAAAUGCGAACUUAACACAUUUACCCAGAUCCCAGUACGUGCCCGGCGUUGGUUUGGGCAUUGGCAAGUGUCCCUACGAUCCUGCUGACAACUCAACCGCCGUCUAUGUGGAAAGCGGAAAUCCCUUUGGUUUGCCAGCGCUGUAUGCUGGCACCAAUGCCGAAUUCACCAAAGCUGAUUCGGUUAUAUUUCGCUCGGAUCUCUAUAAUCUAACUAAUGGACGCAAGGAGGCCAAUUUCAAGCGCACUGUGAAAUACGAUUCCAAAUUGCUAGACAAACCCAAUUUUGUGGGCUCGUUCGACAUUGGCGACUACGUCUAUUUCUUCUUUCGCGAACACGCCGUCGAGUACAUCAAUUGUGGCAAGGCGGUGUAUUCGCGUGUGGCACGUGUGUGCAAGAACGAUCGCGGGGGCAAGUACAUGAUCAGCCAGAAUUGGGCAACGUACUUGAAGGCGCGCAUGAACUGCAGCAUAUCGAGCGAGUUUCCGUUCUACUUUAAUGAAAUCCAAUCCGUUUACAAGAUGCCCAACGAUGAUAGCAAAUUCUAUGCGACGUUCACAACGAAUACAAAUGGACUGAUUGGCUCCGCUGUCUGCAGCUACGAUAUACGGGAUAUCAAUGCGGCCUUUGAAGGCAAGUUCAAGGAGCAAGCAACAUCGAACAGCGCCUGGCUGCCCGUGCUGAACUCGAAAGUGCCGGAACCACGUCCGGGCACUUGCCACAAUGACACGGCCACACUGCCGGACUCGGUGUUGAAUUUCAUACGCAAACAUCCGCUAAUGGACAAGGCGGUCGAUCAUGAAUUUGGCAAUCCGGUCUUUUACAAACGCGACGUUAUACUCACGCGCCUCGUAGUCGACAAAAUACGCAUCGACAAGCUGAACCAAGAGUUUCUGGUUUACUUUGUGGCCACAACAGCUGGACAGAUUUACAAGAUUGUGCAGUUCAUGCGCUACGGGCAGCGGCAAUCGAAUCUGAUCGAUGUGCUGGAGGCGACGCCGCGCAACGAGCCCAUACGCGAGAUGACGCUGAGCCAGAAGACGGCGUCGCUCUAUCUGGCGACGGAUCAUCAGGUGAAGCAGAUCGAUGUGGCGAUGUGUGCGCGACGCUAUGACAGCUGCUUCCGCUGCGUGGCCGAUCCGUAUUGUGGAUGGGACCAGGAGGUGAAGGCCUGUCGCCCCUAUCAGCUGGGACUGCUGCAGGAUGUGGCCAAUGAGACGUCGGGCGUAUGCGAUACGAGCGUGCUGCGCCAGCGUGUGACGAGCUCCUAUGGCCAGACGCUGCACUUGUCCUGUUUUGUCAAGAUGCCGGAGGUGCUGCGCAAGCGGCAAAUACGUUGGUAUCAUCACUCCACGGAGAAGGGGCGCUACGAGGUGCGUUAUAGGCCCAGCAAAUACAUUGAAACAAACGAGGGUGGGCUGGUGCUGUUGGCGGUGAAUGAGGGCGACGAUGGGCGUUAUGAUAGCUACCUGGAUGGCUCACUGCUUUGCAGUUAUGGCGUUACCGUGGACGCGCACAGAUGCUCGCCGCCUUCGCAGAAGCACGACUAUCAGAAAAUCUAUCUACAGUGGUGCAACGAGUUCGAGAAGUACAAAUCAGCUAUGAAACAGUGGCAGACCAAACAGGAGCAAUGCGGCCUCAAGGACAAGUCGACAGCGAGCAGUAGUGCCACAACUGGAGCUGGAGCUGGCGCUGUAGCUGGCAAGCAUGUCAAUGAUGUUUACAGCAAUGAUGCGCUCGUCUGACCCCGCAAGUAUCUGUACCCAGAGUUCUUGUCGGCCAGCGCGUGCUCAAACUUCGGCCAACAAUUGUACAUUAUAUUUAUUCUGCUUGCCCUCUGUGCUAGUUUCUAAAGUAACUUAGUUAUAACCAAGCUACGAUUAAGCAGCAGCAGCAGCAGCAAUGACAAG